AUGGCAUUUGAAAAGAAAAUUUGGGUGAAAUAUGUUCCUUUUGCUUUAAAUUCUUUAUAUGAACUGAUCGUUUUAUGGGGCGGGUUAAGUGUGUGCGUAUUUUGUUUGCUCGUUCUUGUUCCAAGCUCCACAGUUAUCAUUCACCUUCUUGAUGAACGCGCUAAACAACAGUGUUGUUUUUGUCCAGUGAGCAUAUCGAAGACUUAUCCUAUGCCCAUGGCGGACGUGAACGGUGGCGGAUCGCGCGGAUUAGUCAGUGCGCGACGCGAUCAAAUCCUUGAAAAAAUUAGUACUGCACAAUUGCAGAAGGGCGAUGCCAGUACAGGAACAGGUUUAGAGAAUGCGAUUCCGGCUUUCUCUGCUUUUGCUGCUUUACGACCGGCACCACCUGUGCCAGCUCACAGGCCCAGGUCUUCCACAACUUUAUCGAAACCGCCCAUUGCUCCUAAACCUACGCAUAUUUUACAAAAGAGACCCACUAUUACUGUAUCUGCCAGCGAGGAUGAGCCUAGCAGUCCCCUUCCUAACAUGAGCGAACAACCAAGUGGAUCGAAUGCUUCUUCUCCGCCCUCAUUUGUGCGUGAAAGAAAAAAUGACGGGGUUUCAACACCGAGAGCUUCCACAACAACUCGCCCUCAGUCUACGAUAUCCUCGGCUAGCACCGAGACCGGAGAUAUGGGUGAAAUGUCUGAUAGCGACUUUGAAGAGGAUCGACAAAGUAGCGGUAGUUCGUUGCAGAGACCUGAUAAUUACCUUGUCGGUCCGGGUCCUCACUCAUUCAGGAGACCAUCCACGCUGUUCCUUAAUGGAAAUCCUGCUAUCCACGAGCAAAUAGUUGAGGAAUUGAGAAGACGAGGAAUUCUGAGAGCUAGUGAUCAUUCGAAAAUUGCGCCUGCUAAGACAGCAAUAGAGAAGUCAGCUAUGAUGUUAUCUCCCUCACAGACAUCCUCUGAACCAUCACCUCAACCAAAGCCCGUACGUGCCUCUUCACUUUCCGCCUCAAGUGAGAAGUUAGAAAAUAGUGCCAGUAAUCGAAGUAGCAGCACUACGACCACAUCGGCAGAAACUGAAGUAUGUGUGGAUGGAUAUAGCUACAUUGUGGAAGACAAACCCGUUCCAGACUACAAUACUGGUAAUGAAGAAGAGGACAAACGUCUCAAAAAGCUACAUUAUGCAGCGAAGGAGUUUUACACAGUACAAGAUUCAUUCCUGAAAUACUUAACUAACAUGUGCGAGGUUUAUCCUGCAUAUGUCAAUGAAUUUGGAAAGCGUUUGGGCAAAGACCUACUUAGCCGGCAAGGAUCUCAAGAACAUAUAGUACGAGAACUGCAAAUUCUCUUUCAACAGCUCAGAGGCUUUCAUAAGGCACUGUUGGAGGAAUUCUCUACUCGACUUGAUUCAUGGAGUUCUCUCAGACCUAAUAUGGCCGAGGUCAUCCUUAAAUAUGCUGAUUUUCUAAAAAUUUGCAAACCAUUUCUUCUACAAAAAGACCGAUUCGUGAAAGAACUUCUUCGACUACGUGAAGAAAAUAAAGAUUUCGACAAUGCUACUGUUGCAUUUGAACAGAAAAUUUUGAAACGGGGAGUUGGUGCGGUGGUACAGCAGCUGGAUCAAGUGCAUCAGAAUUUUAUGCGGUACAAAAUAUUGAUGAUGAGUUACAAUAGGUACCUGGAACCUGGUAGUGAAGAGCAGCUGAAAACAACUGAAGCUAUUGCUAAGUUGGAAAAAAUAACACAGUCGGUGAAUGAUGCAAUGGGGUUACCAAGCAGCGAACAGCUAUGUAGAUUGUACGAUCGCUUCCAGUGUCAUUUUGAUGUGUUUUACCGUGGCAGACGGCUGAUAAGGGAAGGAGAAGUGCUCAAACAAACAAGAAAAGAGCCUCAGCCACGAUAUCUUGUCCUUUUUUCCGACACAUUAUGGAUCUGCCGAGUAAUGUCAGGGUUCACAUCAUCUGGUCUUUUCGACAUGGGUCGUUCUUAUAUGAUACCAAUAGAAGCUGUUCGGACUGAAAUUAGUCCUCAUGAGGACUAUGAGCGGGUAUUGUUCAUCAGAAGCAAAGUCAAAAGCGUUAUUUUGAUUAUGAGUAGUGUUGAUGAACGCCGUAAAUGGCAGGCAGACAUCGAAAAUGCUCGAGAAGAGAAACGCCGUUAUAAACGGCGAAAGAGCGAGGCAUUACAGCGACAGAAGAGGCAGAGCAUGAAUCCUUCUGCAUUUGAUGCACCGCUAAAUGAAGAAAGUAUCUCUUCUGAUCAGAAUACCCUCGAAGAUAACGCCUCCGUCAUUCUUCCAGCAACCACAAUUUCUGCCACAUGUAAUGGGCAGUCUGCUACCACAUCUCGUCGCAACUCCGAUUCGCAAGACUCAUCUCAUCCUAGCACACCUGUGGAGGAACAUCCUGUCACCUCACAGGCUUCGUACAUGCGGAGGAAGAGAGCUGAUGCUGUGAAGCCAGUAUGGAUCCCAGAUGAGUCUUCGUCCAGGUGUCUUAUGGAAGGCUGUGGCACAGUUUUCAACCUUAUAAAUCGACGUCAUCAUUGCCGAGAUUGUGGAUGGUUGAUAUGUUCCGCGUGCAUGGGAAAAGCACCUCUUCCAAAGUUCCAGUUCAAGAAGGAGGCUGUAUGCUCAGAAUGCUAUGAAAAAUUGGAGACAUUAUAUUAUGAGGGCAAGCUUUUCCCCACAAAUCUUCUCGUUCAAGGUUCCGAUGGUACGCUCAGAGUCAAGGUACCCAAAGAUGAUCGGACUAUCGUUGUUGUGGAACCGCAGACUCUUUUCGUCGCACCAACCAACAAGAUGUUGAAACGUAUCAACAUUGAACAACGGAAGCUGCCUAGUAAAGUCAUGUACAGAAAUGCGAAGGGUGGUGAAAUCAUGCGUUUCGCAGAACUUAGUGAAGGCAUGGUGCUGAAAUUCUACAAGGCUGCUUAUGAUUUCGAACCUUGCGAACAAUAUGUGAUCUACGGCUUCACGUUGAAGGAAAAGAAAGCGGACUCUGGUGGAACUAUUUUCGAGCUCAGGCAUAGGAAUCAGAUUAAUACUGAUAGGAAAGAACACUUAAUCUCGUUCCGUGUUGAAAACGAGAAGAGUGUCGCUAAGUGGUCAAAAUCCCUGAGGGAAGGCUUGGGAAUCGAAGAAUCUCCGUAGCAAUGGUUGUUUUGAGGAGAAUGUGAUUUGAUGUCCCCACUUUUAAAUCUAAAACGUUCACACUAUUCUUUACUCUCUAUAUUUCAUUUUUUGGUGAGAGAUGAUAUUGCAUGUAAUUAGAACCGGUGCAAGAACUUAAAUAACAAAAACUUAUUAAUAUGUGCCCAUGAUGCCGGUUAUGUCAACUUGAUCAUGUUUUCCGUCUAUUUUUCUGUACAUUUUUUGAUAGUUCAAUUUCGUAUGCUUCUCGAAAUAGCAUGCCUGUUUUCUAGUCCUUUUGCUCCUGUUUCCGGUGUCAUUCAUUUUCCUUACAUCAGUGUUGCUAUAUUUGCAGAAUUUCUAGCUCUUAGGUUGUACAUGACUAAACUCAUCGCUCAAAUUUUGCAUUUCUUGCACUUUUUUGAUUUGAGUCAUUGAUUCCUGUGUAUAUUAGAUGCUGUGAUGCUGC